AUAGAUCGAUCGAUCGAUCAAUCAAUCAAUCAUUCACUCUCAUUUGGCUUGGAUUGGGCGACCAUCUUCUACUACUACUACAUCUAUUCUAUAUAUACCUUCCCCAACAUUACAUCCUUCUAUGCUCCAAAAAUGCCCGUCUCUCACGCCGCCGCGACUCUCCUCCCCCACGCCUUCUUGCCACUUUCCACGAGGAACGCUUCGCUACCGGGGCGAGGAUUUCCAAUUAUUCCUUCUGCUUUCUACAAAUCCCACCUAGCCUCAGCCGCACUGAAUCUGAAUUGUAAUCCCUUACGUUGCGGUAUAUUGUCUGCCACGGCGCACGAUUACAGUGAUACAUUGGAAUUUGAAUCCAUGGCGGCGGUCGACGAUAGGUAUUCCGAAGAGUUGGAAGUCGCUGUAAAGGCAGUGCACAUGGCGUGCUUGCUCUGUCAGAGAGUUCAGGAGAGGUUGCUUUCGAAUAGCGGCGACCACGUGCAAGCCAAGGAUGAUAAUUCUCCGGUUACUGUUGCCGAUUGGAGUGUACAGGCAACUGUGAGCUGGGUGCUAUCUGAGGCUUUUGGGGGUAAAAAUGUAUCAAUUGUUGCUGAAGAAGAUGUUUUCGUGUUGUCCAAGGUCGAGUCAGUCGGCUUACUGGAUGCUGUUACAAAGACAGUUAAUGAAUGUCUUUCUGAAGCAUCUAAUUUUGGAAUCGAUGCGCCGGUUAUGCCUUUGAGCACUUCAGAGGUUCUACAAGCCAUUAGCCGAUGCAACUCGAUGGGGGGGCCAACUGGAAGAUUUUGGGUGCUUGAUCCAGUGGACGGCACAUUGGGAUUUGUGCGUGGGGAUCAAUAUGCAGUAGCUCUUGGUUUGAUAGUGAAUGGCGAACCUGUGCUCGGAGUUCUUGGAUGCCCAAAUUAUCCAAUGAAUAAGGAAUGGCUUAGUUACCAAAAUGGCUACCAAAGAAUAUUAUCCAGAUUAACAUCAGCAUCAUCGACAUCUUGGGAUAAAGGAUGUGUGAUGUAUGCAAGGAAAGGAGAUGGUAAGGCAUGGAUGCAAUCGUUAUUAACUAAAGAAAAGAAAUUUGUCUGGCCGAACUCUGCAAGAGAAAUCAGAGUUUCGAGCAUUGAAGAUCCGGCCUUUGCUACCUUCUGUGAACCAGUUGAGAAGGCAAACUCAAGCCAUUCCUUCACUGCCGGAUUAGCUCACAGUGUUGGACUCAGGAAAGAACCGUUACGGGUGUAUUCCAUGGUGAAGUAUGCAGCCAUAGCGCGAGGAGAUGCUGAAAUAUUCAUGAAGUUUGCUCGGGCCGGGUACAAGGAGAAGAUAUGGGACCAUGCUGCUGGAGUUGUUAUCAUUGAAGAAGCUGGAGGAGUGGUGACUGAUGCAAGAGGGAACCCACUCUGCUUUUCGAAAGGUAUGUUCUUAGAGGGCCUCGAUCGAGGUAUAAUUGCAUGUUCUGGAGUUGCAUUGCAUGAAAAAAUUAUUAGGGCUGUCGAUGCUAGCUGGAAUUCAUCCUGCCUUUAGUUCAUCGCUAUCAUCACUACUGCUAUACAACUAUAAAAUAUGAAUAUAAAUUAAAACUGAUAGUGUGUUUUUAUUGGUGAAAUUGCAAUGGCUUUAGGACAGUUCGGAAUCUCUUUGAUAUAUAUAUUGGUUCCUUAACAAUCGAUCGUCGUCGCCAAAUUAGUGUUUGACUGAUAAAAAUUUAUGUUAUAUAUGAUGAUGAUAAAUGUAUUACUAUCUCUUUUAGAAGGAUGAGUUUUGUAUUAUAUACUAUUUGUAGGAAACCUCAGCAUACACUGUUAUUCCCACUUGUAUUGUUUUUAUUAUUACGUCAAUAUUAUUUUGAA